CUUUUGUGUUUUCACUCCCCAUCAUGGUCAGCUUCAGGAUCCUUCCCGCUAUCGUGCUUGGUCUUCUGACCGUGACUGCCUCAGGAGCAGUCAUCCCUUUGGAGGAGCGAGCCUCUUGUGUCUACACCUGCGGUUCAGUCUGUUACUGGCAGUCGGACAUCGAUGACGCUCUGGCAAAGGGCUAUUCGCUGCACCAGUCUGGGGCAACCGUGGACGAUUACCCCCAUCAGUACAAUGAUUACGAGGGCUUCGAUUUCCCCACGUCGGCUCCGUGGUACGAGUUUCCCAUUCUGUCGAGCUACAAGGUCUUUACAAGCGGCUCUCCUGGAGCAGACCGCGUCGUUUUCGACUCGAAGGGAAAAUUUGAUGCUCUGAUCACGCACAAUGGAGCAACCGGAAACAACUUUGUGGCUUGCAAGAAGGGUUAGAUGGUAUUACCAUUGUGGCACAGGAUGCCCAAAGAGAAACACUGCCAUGUUACACACUUUGGUCUAGAUGUAGAUAACGAACUCUUGUGGCUUGUCGAGUUGCCUGGUUAAUUAUCUGCGGUCAGCGACUUGUAAUUUCUGGUUCUCUGAUCUUUUAUAUGUGAAAAUAGCA